AUGGCUCGCGGUGCACCUCGAUCCAGGGCCCGGGCCCACGCCCACGAGUUCGUCGUCGUUGAAGACGACACAGCCACCACGGAUAUUUCCAAGCAACAUGCUUCAAUAGACGCAAACAUUGCUCUCCUUGACAGACAUGACACUAAUACUGAGAGAAGCCCCCACGACUUCAUUGACCACUUGACCGACAAACUUAAGGAGCUGCAUAUCUAUAGCCCUAAGAAGAAUCGCGGCGACAGAUCGUUACUUCCCAUUUCCAACAGCCGUCCAACUCGAUUGUCUGUUCACAGUGUUGACACCGAGAUCUUCCCACUCCUCGAGGUUGUCAAGGAAGAAGCCGAAGACUGCGACAAUUGCCCAGCUGAGACCAUUUACGCGCAAGGACCAAUCCCUGCACAGCCGCCUCGAGUGAUCGAGGGUGUCCCCUCGUUGGCUGAAACAAACGCAUUAACGGCGUCUGCUAGCCAGGCACAGGACUCAUUUGAAGCCAGCGUCCCCUCUGAAGGGCAUGAGGAAGUCGUGUCACAGCCCGCACAUCGUUACUCAGAGGUGGAAGAAGCCAUGGCCAUCGCCGAGCCCGUCGUUCGACUUCUUUCUCCGACGCCUGUGGGGAACGACACCGCAUCGAACAAGACAUCGCAAUCAGGUAUCACGGUCACCAUUGUUGAACAGACCCGGCCGAACCAGAUGGAGCCUUCAGCCAAGGCAACUGAAAACAGGAAGGAGUCCUCAGUUGAUGUACUUGAGCAUUCAAAGGACAGAGUCAUUUCCAUAUCUACAGACGACAGCAGUUUUCAGGCUCCGCGUACGCCCUCACGAUCGACUUCUGCAAGUUCGCAGUCGCGCAUAGAGGACUCCUUAGAAGCCAUUGAUAGACUCGAAGAGCAAUUGGAGCUUGUCGAUGCUGCCAUCACACCACCUAGCAAAACCCGGCGACACCAAGCAGCAAACGAUGGGUCGCUUGCAAUGAACAAUCCCGCCGUCCGGCGCAACGGCUCCUUACUGAAUCAUGGCCCAAGCAGUGCCGGGCCAAAACCUGUGACCUCUAAAACCCGCCCAAAUCAGAGAAAGUCUGUCUCAAUCGUUGACGACAAGAGAGCUACGGGGUCUCCGGCCAAAGCAACUCCGACCCGAUCUUCUGUUUCCCGGCCAACGAGCUUGCUGCCACCAAUUAAAUCCACCAAGCCCCCAACAAAGCCAUCGUUUGAGCUGCCGGGAGAGGCCGUCGCCAGGCGUCUAAAGGAGCAGCGCGAAGCCCGUCAAGCGCAGCAAGCACAGGACAAGGCUGCAGCCGCAGCGGCAGAAGCGCCUCAAAGAAGGAAAUCAACUAAAGCACUGACUCGACCCACGUUUGAGCUUCCGGGAGAGGCAAUCUCCAAGCGCAAGAGGGAGGAUCGUGAAGCCAGGCUCAGACAACAGGAGGAGGACGAGCGCAAGCGUCGCGAGUUCAAGGCGCGUCCUAUCAGGGCGAAACUGAAUUCAGCUUCGUACCCCCGCGAGACUGCUACUAGUCGUGCUCGCCAGGGCAAAGCCUCUGAGUCGAGUGAGGCAGCCCAGGUUGAGCAAAGCCCUUCCAAGCGCUCAUCGAUUAUUAUGACUCCGCGAACGCAAGUUACAAGGACCACAUCAAACAGAUCCCCACAGGCUCGAGGCAGAGGCCUGUCCCAAGCUACCGUCACUUCCCAAAUCAGCCGUGGUACUUCUACUUCUACUACCAGCAUGGGCAAGCGUAGCACGCUAUCUGCUGAGGACUUGGAGCAGCAAAAGAUGAAGGGCAGGGAGGUUUUUGAGCGGGACAACGGUUACCUUGAGGAUAAGGAGCGGGAACGUCGUGAACGUGAACUCAAUGCCAAGCUUGCUCGCGAGCAGGCCGCCGAGCGCUCCCGACAAGCGAGCAGAGAGUGGGCUGAGAAGCAGCGACGCAAGCAGCUGGCAGCAGCUAAUGCGGCGGCCCGUCAAGCGGUUUAG